GAAAAAAUCAAACAAAUUUAACUUCGAACACCAAAUAUGUAAAGUAAAAGAAAAUAACUAGAAGAGAUAUAAUCACCAUACCAUAUAAAAACUAGAAAGAAACAUAUCAAAGUAACAAAACCACACCUUCUCUAUCUUCUCCAUUACUCCAACAAACAAAGCUAAAACCAGAAGAAGAAAAAAAAUCAUAAGAAGAUGAAAAGUUUAUUUUCAAAACCCAUUUCAAGUCCAGGUAGAACAGAAAAAUUUCCUCCGCCAUUAAUGAGAUUCUUAAGAAGCAACGUCGGAAGCAAAAGCAACAGAGCAAGAGCACAAGCUAGCCCUAUGUUUCUGCGCAAAAACAAAAACAACAUCGCCAUUGAAAAAACUCAAGAACCUUCUUCCCCAAAAGUCACUUGUAUAGGUCAAGUCCGUGUUCGCAGAUCCUCGAAUAAAACCACGAAAAAACGAAAACGUAUAGAACAGAAGAAAACCCAGAAGAAAUGCUGUAAAUUACAGUUACACAAACCCAUUUCAAAUUUGAAGAAAUGGGUGUGUUGUUUUCCGUUUGGGUAUUGUGUAAAACAAGUCGAAUCAGCUCAAAAGGUUACCAUCGACGCACAAAUCAUCGCAAUUUCUGAAUCAGAAAAAAAUAAAGAUGAUUACGCUGGGUGUAACGUCAAUCCACCGGUAAAUGCAUUGAUUUUGACUCGAUGUAGAUCAGCACCAUAUAGAUCUUCAUCAUUAGCUAGUAAAUUUUGGGGUUCUCCAUUGAACAAUCAAAAUCCCCAAACAAAUAAUAUUCGAGAACCGGAGGAGGAGGAAGAAGAACCUCAACCUCCUCCUCCUUCGGUUCUCGAAAAAUGGGAUUUAGGAUCGAGAAAAAGCCAUGGAAAUGAAGAAAUGCAGAGCUCCAUUAAUGGAGAAAGUAGUAAAGGUUGUGUUCAUCCAUUACUUCUUACAAGAUGUAAAUCAGAACCAUCAACAACAGGUGAAAGGCUUAAUCCAACAAGGUUUAGUGAUACUAAUCCUCUAAGUUGAUUUUUUUUUUUUUUUGGAAUUUUUCAUAUUAUUAUUAUUGCAAUAUACUUGUACUAUUUUUGUUUACAAGAAAUAUAACUAAAACUUGUUUUUAUUGUA